AAGAUUUAAAAGUGCUUAUACUUCAUCACGACGGUUGAAGGAAAUUUCGUACUUGAAGUCAAUCAUGGCGUUCGAAGCCUUCCUCGCGAUCUGUACCAGUCCGUCUUCCAAAUUUUUUGGCGUUGAUUGUAAAUCAAACACACACUUGCUGUGCUUACCCGGUGGCUGGUUCUCUCCUCACUCCAUUAUUUCCGUUGUUGAAAUCUUCCCUCUUCUUCUCCAUCCCGCCGCGUUCAAUUUCCAGAAACUAAAAUGGAGAACUCAACCCAAGAAUCCCACCUCAGAUCCGACAACUCCGUCACCUACGAAUUUCCCUACCCUCUUUACGCUAUGGCCUUUUCUUCUUCCGCCUCCAUAAGCCACUGCCCCCACCACCACCGCAUCGCCGUCGGCAGCUUCAUCGAAGAGUACAACAACAGGGUCGAUGUCCUCUCGUUUGACGAUGAAACCCUCACCCUCAAACCCAACACCUCCCUCUCCUUCGACCACCCCUUCCCACCCACUAAGCUCAUGUUUCGUCCCAACUCCUCCGACCUCCUCGCCUCCUCCGGCGACUACCUCCGCUUAUGGGAACUUCGCGAAAACUCGAUCGAACCCGUCUCAGUCCUCAACAAUAGCAAAAGCAGCGAGUUCUGCGCUCCCCUGACUUCGUUCGAUUGGAACGAAGUGGAGCCUCGGAGAAUUGGGACAUCUAGCAUUGACACCACUUGCACAAUUUGGGAUGUCGAGAGGGGUGUGGUUGAGACUCAGCUUAUUGCCCACGACAAAGAGGUUUACGACAUUGCUUGGGGCGAGGCAGGGGUUUUUGCGUCGGUUUCGGCUGAUGGGUCUGUGAGGAUUUUCGAUUUGAGGGAUAAGGAGCAUUCCACUAUUAUAUACGAGAGCCCCCAGCCCGAUACGCCAUUGCUGAGGCUGGCUUGGAACAAGCAGGAUUUGAGGUACAUGGCGACCAUCUUGAUGGACAGUAACAAGAUUGUAAUAUUGGAUAUUCGGUCCCCUACGAUGCCUGUGGCUGAGCUCGAGAGGCACCGGGCCAGUGUGAAUGCGAUUGCCUGGGCGCCGCAGAGCGGUAGGCAUAUUUGCUCUGUGGGGGAUGAUGCGCAGGCUCUUAUUUGGGAAUUGCCGACGGUCGCUGGACCAAACGGGAUUGACCCAAUGUCUUCGUAUUCGGCUGGGUCUGAAAUUAAUCAGCUGCAGUGGUCUGCGAGGCAGCCUGAUUGGAUUGCAAUUGCUUUUUCCACGAAGAUGCAGCUCCUGAAAGUUUGAGAUUUGUAUAUAGCAGCAUUGUGGGGGAGACGCGCAACUUGAUGGCCUUGGUCUGGGAACUUGUUCUGGUUUGACUCGUGUUAAUGCUUCCUCUUCAAAGGCUAGGGAGGGAUGACCUUAUGUUUGAUUCAAGGAUUGGGCAUAGGCUAAAAAAUUAGAGCAGCUUGUGUAGUAAUUUACCAGGAUUUCCUUCCAAUUCCUGAAUGGUGUAGGGUUAAAGCUCGGUUGUUGUUUGUUUGUUGUAGUAUCACCAAUUGCCACUCUAGAUUCCGUAGUAGCAAUGGUUGCCAUUCUUAACGUAAUUAAUGUAGCUACUGCUUCCCUAUUAUUAUGUUGAACAAAAGCAAUCCUUUGCAGUAAAUGGUUUCAUUAUUUAAUGAAAUAGAGAUUCAAAGAAUCA